GUGAAUGUGACGUUGGAAAGAGAAAUAGCUGGUGUGUGGUUGAAAAUACCAUGCCUGGAUGAAAUAGGAAGUUGUCAUUAUCCUAAUGUCUGUGACCUGCUCGAUCAACUCAUCCCGCCAGGACAGGACUGUCCUGAGCCUCUGCACACAUACGGCCUGCCCUGCCACUGCCCAUUCAAAGCUGGUGAUUAUUCUUUGCCAUCAUCAGAUAUCGUCAUACCAGACGUUGAACUGCCUGGCUGGCUGACCAAUGGCAAUUACAAAGUACAGGGCAUUUUAGGAAACUCUGAGAAAGAAAUGGGAUGCCUCAAAAUCAGCUUCUCAUUGCAUUCCUUGAAGAAUUAA